AUGACAAUUUCAGCUGCCCUUCCAAAGAGAGGAGUCUACACUCCUGUUCCUACAUUUUUCAAGAAAGACUUGCAUACCAUAGACUACGACAGCCAGAUUGAACAUGCUAAAUUCUUACAACAAAAUGGGAUUACCGGGUUGGUCUUAUUAGGUUCUACUGGUGAGAACUCUCAUUUGACACGUAAAGAAAGAAUUGAACUUGUCUCAACUAUUCACGAGGAAUUGCCUGAUUUCCCACUUAUGGCUGGAGUAGCUCAAAAUUCAGUGGAGGAUGCUAUUGAAGAAAUCUUGCAAUUGAAAAAUGCUGGAGCACAGCAUGCCCUUGUUUUGCCCAGUAGUUAUUUUGGUGCUUCCAUCAAACAACAGGGUAUUAUCGACUGGUAUACAGAAGUUGCUGACAAUGCAAGUUUGCCAGUUUUGAUCUACGUCUAUCCUGGAGUUUCUAACAAUAUCUCUAUCGACCCGAGAACAAUCAAGAAGCUCUCAGCCCACCCCAAUAUUGUCGGCGCAAAGAUUUCUCAUGGUGAUGUUUCACAUCAUGCAAUUAUCGGUUUAGACCAGGAAAUUGCAGCCAACCAAUUCAUCACGCUUACUGGAUUGGGCCAGAUUCUCCUACCAGUCUUGGUGGUUGGAAUUCAAGGUACGGUAGAUGCUCUCUGCGGAGCCUUCCCCAAGAUAUAUGUGAAGCUACUUGAAAAUUACGACAAAGGGGAUCUAAGAGCAGCUGCAGAGUUGCAAUUGGUUAUUAGCAGAGCCGAAGAGUUGGUAGUAAAAUUUGGUGUCGUUGGAAUAAAGAAAGCCAUCCAUUUUGCAACCGGAAUUGGUGAGACUUAUCUUGGAAGAGCUCCUUUGACACAGGAUGUCAAUGAUGCGGAUUGGAAGUCGUACAAUGACUAUCUCUUAGGUAUUGUCAGUGUUGAGUCUACAUUAUAA